CCUUUCUCUCUUUUUAUUUACUUUUUUAUUUUCUGGUUCUCAAAUAUCAAAUGUCAAACCUUGUCCUCAGAGUAGCUAUCAUUGGCGCCAGAGAUCUUGCUGCAGCUGACCGAAACGGAAGUUCUGACCCUUAUGCCGUCGUUCGCAUAAACGACAAAAAAUUCACAACAAAAGUGGUCAAGCAAACUUUGGAUCCUGUCUGGGACUUUGAUUUUGAUUUUCCCAUCAAGCUUGGAAAGGUUCCUAAUGGAGUGACAAUCACUAUCUGGGAUAGUGACACCCUUGGACGCGACUUUUUGGGAGAAAUUACUCUGCCAUUCAAGAACAUAUUCGACCGUAAUGCUGGUGGUAUUGCAGAUGGUGUACCUCGCCACUUCUUUGAUCCAGAUAACAAAUCAUGCUGGUUCAAUCUGUCAAAGCGUAGUGAGAAGGACGUCGUGUCUGGAGACAUCUUGGUCAAGUUUGGCUUUAUUGAAGAUCAUGACCGAGACAGCAAAGAAUAUGUUGAGGCAUGGUCAAAGUUGCUUUUAUGAAAAAAAAAAUUACAAUAGUAAAUAUUCAAAUAUACAUAUAUACAUACAUACAUAUAAAUAAACAAAUAAACUAAAAAACCUCUUUAAAAUCAUUGAA